AUGGUAUUCACCUCUGGCAGCACAGGCAAACCCAAGGCUAUCCUCGGAUCUCAUCAGGGGCUGGCACACUUUAUCUGCUGGCAAAGCCGGGAGUUUGGCAUUACUCCACAUGACCGUUUCGCCCAACUGACCGCUGUCGGGUUCGACGUCAUCUACCGUUCCGUGUUGACGCCACUCUUUUCUGGCGCUCAGCUCUGGAUCCCGCCUCACGACGUCAGCGAAGGCGAGGCAAUGCUGGAGUGGCUAGGCCGCCAUCGUAUCAACGCCCUGUCCGAUCUACGCUGCAUCUUUAGCGGCGGCGAGAUGCUACACAGCAAGGUGGUGCAGGCCAUCUGUCGACAAUGGGCAUUUACGGGACAGCUCGUCAACCUCUACGGCCCUAGCGAGACGACACUGGCGAAGUGCUUUUACCGCUGCCAAUCCGGGGACGAGGUACGCGGCUCUAUACCUGUUGGCUUGCCGCUGCCAAACACUGAGGUCUGGAUCAUGGACGGCAGCCGGCGGUGCGCUCCCGUCGAGCCAGGCGAGGUAGUCAUCCGCACCCCGUAUCGCGCGCUCGGCUAUGUUAAUAGCACCGGUACGGCCUCGUGGCCAACGGCUAAUGCUCAAAAGUCGGAGGACUACCUGUACUAUACCCGCGACCUGGGGGGUAUUAGCCACUUCUUCCUCAACUAUCCGGACAAGGUGACCGCGGACUGGUCCGUGGCCCUCGAUUUUUAUUGCCGCCAGGUCCAAGACCUGAUCCAGGAGGCACCGGAGCAACCCGUCUGGCUCGGCGGCUGGUCCAUGGGCGGCAACAUUGCCGUGGCAGUGGCCGAGCGGCUCGCAGGGGGUUGCCCGCAAAUCCGCCCGCGGCUCAUCGUCUUGGACUCGUUGUCCGGGUAUUGUCAGGGAGUGCGUCAAAAUAGGGACGUCACCGAGGAUGUAUGGAGUCCAUAUCACCCGGAAAAUAUCAUGUACCGUCAAUUCGCCAUGGCCGGCUAUUCACGACACCCUUACUACCACUAUGUCGACUGCCUUCGCCAUUUGGACGCCAUGCAGGUCACGCAUUGCCACUACCCGGUACUGUUGAUCAAGUGCCUCGAGCCAAUUGGCCAAUUUUACUCGGACAUGCCGGAUAAUUACUGGGGAAAAUUACCGACAGUGUCGUGGUGCACGGCGUCGCAGCUAACCACUACAGCUUGCUCACUGAUAAGGCUGACAUUCAUCAGGUGGCCGACAUUGUACGCUGCGCACUGGACUAUGGUGGCAAACAUGGCUAUUAAUACUACAUUGCGGCAUAUUGACGGGGACUAA